AUUUGUGUAAGUAUAUUUGUUGCUUUUGAAAAUUUGUGCGUUUUAAACCAACCUGUGUGGUUUUUAAAAUUAAAUGUCGAGACGAUACAAUUUGGGUCGGCGAACGCGAAAUUCGUUUCAAGUUGUGGCUUCAAGGAGCCGUGAAAGUAGCCAAGACAUUAGACAUCGCAAUGAAAAUAAUCGUCUACGCACAGCAAGGUCCCGUUCAAAUCAACGGAUCAAUGAUGCAACAACAACUGCAAAUGAACGUCCUGAUAUUCAAAAUCUACAAGGUGUUGCGAUCGCGUACAGUAGUGUCACCGAUUACGCUUCUCAUAGGCAAAUUAUAAUUGGUUCAAUGAACGACCGUUGUCGCCAUUGUCAGGCAUUUAAAUUUAAAGGUGAAGCAGAUGGGAUGUGCUGUGCGAGUGGUGAAGUGAAAUUGCCUGAAUUAGGCAGCCCACCACAACCAUUGAGCACAUUACUUAAUGGAUUGACACCUGAGUCUAAUCAUUUUUUGAACAAUAUACGAAAGUAUAAUUCGAGUUUUCAAAUGACAUCUUUUGGCGCCACAAAUAUUAUAAGAGACAACUUCAUGCCAACGUUCAAGAUUCAAGGUCAAAUAUACCAUCGAGCUGGCUCUUUGUUACCUUUCGACAACGCAGACCACCAAUUUUUGCAAUUAUAUUUUAUCGGGAACGCGGAAGACGAAGCUGAUCGUCGGUGUGGCAUUAUUACCAACACGCGGAGACAAAUUAUUUUUGUUUUGCAAAAUAUGUUCCACGAGCACAACGAAUUGGUUCUGGUUUUCAAAACAUCGCUUGAUCGAAUGCCAUCUGACGAUCAUAAAAUUGUUAUUCGAACUGAUAAAACACCGGUUGGCGAACAUGCAAGGCGUUUCAAUGCACAAACAGUUGACGAAGUGGCAAUAGUCAUAGUUGGUGAGCAAUUUAAUAAUCGUGAUAUUGUGCUUCAUCGUAGAAAUGAACAACUUGAACGUGUAUCCGAGACUCAUCGCUGUUAUGAUGCACUACAAUAUCCCAUAUUGUUUUGGAGCGGACAAGAUGGCUAUAAUUUCAACAUUAAAAUGAUAAAUCCAGUAAACGGUCGAGAAGGAACACAGAAAGUUAGUGCUAUGAAUUAUUACGCAUACAGGCUGCAGAUACGGCAAAAUCAAGACAACCACAAAUUGAGGUGUAGAGCACUUUCCACCAGUAUAUUGUUGACAUGUAUGCAAAAAUUGAAUCGGAACGGUUAAAUUUUCUUCGAUUCAACCAAGCUAAAUUACGUUCCGAAGAGUAUGUUCAUUUGCGUGAUGCCAUUAACAACGAUGGUAAUGCACAAAACGUUGGAACCGAGUAAACGAGGUUUGCUCAUGCGCAUAUUUGAAUUUGGCUGAUUGAAAAUAUAAGGCCGAAUCAAAUUGACGAUGUGAUUUCGGCAGAAAUUCCAGAUCCGACAGUGGAUCCUGAAUUGUUUGAAGUGCUCACCAAAAAUUCACCAUGUAUAGUUGAAGGGAAAUGCUCCAAACGUUUUCUUGGCAAGCAUUUUUAUACCCGAACUCAAAAAAGAGUUAAGGGGUAUAUUAGAAUUGUGGUA